GUUUUACAAAACAAAAUAGAGCAUGCUUGGUGUGACUCAGAUGUAAUAAAACACUACCCAAGAAUGACCCUGCCAAACUGCCGCUUUGGCUAACGAAGCUCAAAUUAAGCAAUGGUUGAAAUUGUUCCCUAUCAUCAUAAAUAUUUGGAAGAAGUCUGCCAACUUAUAAAAAAAGACUUGAGUGAGCCUUAUAGUAAAUACGUUUACCGGUAUUUUGUACAUCAAUGGCCUGAAUACAGUUUUGUUGCUUUACUCGACGGACAGAUGGUCGGUGCUGUUAUAAGCAAACAGGAUAUCCAUCGUGGACAAAGUCUUCGAGGCUACAUCGCUAUGCUCGCUGUCAAAGAUUCCCACCGAGGCAAGGGUAUUGCAACUCUAUUAACAAAGGCGAGUUUAAAUGUCAUGAUUGAAAAGGGUGCCCAAGAAAUCGUUUUAGAAACUGAAGUGGAUAAUGAUGCAGCAAUGUAUUUCUAUGAACGACUAGGCUUUUGCAGGUACAAACGACUCUUUCGCUACUAUCUAAACGGAACAGAUGCAUUUCGCUAUAUAUUGUAUCCUUAAGGCCGCUACACAGAAUUCGAUGUUUGUUACUGUCAAAGAGAUACUCGGCUACUAUACUAGGAAAUCAGGGAUUUAUAAAACAGAUAUAUGUGAUUAAGAUAUCCAGUUAUGACUUUAAUGUAUCAAACGUUCUUUCGACAUCUUACCGUAUUAUUAAAGCCUAUACUGCUUCAUUUAAAAUUAAAAAACCAUAAUAUUAGUUGCGUGAAACAAUAAAAACAAA